AUUUGUUGCACACCCGCUCGCGCAUGCAACAAACACGCACCAUUUCAUCACGCGUCCCUCUUUCUCUUACAUCAUGGCGUCUCUCCUGGCUACGAGCAAGAACGACAUGGAGGAGAAAGAGGAGAACGACAUGGAUGUGAUCGAGAUCCAUGUGCUUGGCUUGGAUGGUGAGGGAUUUGCUUUGAGGCUUCCAGACACCAAGAGCGGGCAAGAUCUAUGGGAGACGUGGCGUGGACGGAUCCAGGACACGAAGCUGUGGACGUUCGAAAGGACCUGUUUGGGACCGUGGAUACAUGUGGAUACGAGCUCUGAAGAGCUCUUUGAAGUGGGGCCAGGUCCAUGGGUGAUUUCUUGGGACUUCGCCAAAGCUUUGGUGUCAACCAGUGAAGUGGAACUCUUGAAGAUGGGGAAUUCAUGGACAAUUGGAACCAAUCUUUUGGGAGAAGGCACGCACACGCACACACAAAAAGGCAUGAAACACUCUGGGGCGUUGCGUAAAUGUUGCUUGUUCUCAAGCUUUUGUACUUGGGGUACUUUGGUUGGAGUGGAGAGGCACUUGGAAUCGUCGCUUUCUUCAUCGGUUUAAGGAGAGGAUUGCUGGGCGCUUGCCGCCGAAAGCGGGUGCCGGACUGUCCAUCUACAAGGGCUCUGAGAAGCUCCAGCUGCGCCAGACUUUGCGAGAACAAGGUGUGCAUGAUGGCGCCACGCUCUCCUAUGCUUGGGUCCGGACCAAUUUGGGCAAGGCCAUCGGCUACAUCGAGCCUCUAUGGUGCAGAUACAUAGACAGGGAUCCUAUGGCGCUCGAAGGUGUUACACAAUUGACGGCGGUGGCCAACUUGGAGAGUUUGCCCGGACACCUGCCACGGAGUCUCCAAAGUCUUAUUUUUGCCGAUGAGUUCAACAAGAGCUUACGUGGCGUGAUUCUGCCCAGCGGUCUUCAAAACCUUACAUUUGGAUGUGACUUCAACAAGAGCUUGGAGAGCGUGAACUUGCCAAGCGGGCUUAAGAGCCUGACUUUCGGCUCUGCGUUCAACCAGAGAUUAGAGGACACAGUUCUGCCAAGCGGGCUUGAGAACCUAACUUUUGGCAAGAAGUUCAACCAGAGCUUGACGGGGGUGAAAUUGCCUGACGGGCUUAAGAGCCUUACUUUUGGCAAUGAGUUCAACCAGAGCUUAGAGGGCAUGAUUCUGCCAAGGGGCCUCCAAAGCCUUGACUUUGGUUUUUAUUCAAAGCAGAGAUUGGAGAAUGUGAACUUGCCAAGUGGGCUCAAGAGCUUUACGUUCGCCUUUUUGUUGAAUCAGAGCUUAGCAGGCACAAUCUUGCCUAGCGGGCUUAAGAGCCUCACUUUUGGCCCUACAUUCAAACAGAGCCUGCAGGGCAUGAUUCUUCCAAGUGGGCUUGAAAGCCUUUCUUUUGGCAUGGGGUACAAUCGCAGCCUACGGGACGUAAAUCUGCCAAGCGGGCUUAAGAGCCUUGCAUUUGUUGGCAUGGGGUUCAGCCAGAGCUUAGCGGACGUGAGUCUGCCAAGCGGGCUUGAAAGCCUUAGCAUUUGUUUCAACGAGAGCUUAGAGGGGGCGAGUCUGCCAAGCGGGCUUAAGAGCCUUACAUUCGGCUUCCAGGGGGGGUCAGAGCAUAUGAGUUUGCCACAGGGGCUCAAGAGCCUUACUUUUGGCGAUGAUUUCAAUCAGAGCUUAGAGGGCAUGAUUCUGCCAAGUGGGCUUGAAAGCCUUUCUUUUGGCAUGGGGUUCAAUCACAGCCUACGGGACGUAAAUCUGCCAAGCGGGCUUAAGAGCCUUACUUUUGGUGAUGAAUUCAACCAGAGCUUAGAGGGCGUGAAUUUGCCAAUGGUGCUCCAGAGUCUUACUUUUGGCGAUGAGUUCGACCAGAGCUUAGAGGGCACAGUUCUGCCAAGCGGUCUCCAAAACCUUACCUUUGGACACUGCUUCAACCAGAGCUUGGAGGACGUGAACUUGCCAAGCGGGCUUAAGAGCCUUACAUUCGGCUUUGCGUUCAAUCAGAGCUUAGCAGGCAUAAUUUUGCCUUGCGGUCUUGAGAGCCUUACUUUGGGUGAGAGGUUCAACCAGAGCUUAGAGGAUGUGAGUCUGCCAAAGGAGCUUCAGACCCUCUCUUUUCAGUAUGACCACAGGGAUACACCAGAGACCAUGCCUUGGACAGAACACCUACCAGACCGCACGUUUAGCGAAUAUUUUGGCAAGAGCUUGGAGCGCAUGAAUCUGCCACCCGGACUUCAAAGCCUGAGUGUGGGUCAGCUUCGUGUGUCCGUGGGACCAUGAGUCUAAGCACGAGAAAUACAGCGUUCACUUGCAAAACGAUGCGAGAUCAAAGAACCACAUGAUUCAUGAUCAUCAUCCUGACAAUCAUCAUUCAUCAUAAUCAGGGUUAGCCCACAUGCAGACACCGACAGAGAGC